AUCCGCUCGCCCCGACGCCGGCGAUGAGAGAGCUGCGCGCAGGAGAUCUGAUGAGGCAGAGCGCUGCAUCAGUGACAUCUUAGACUCACCCACCCAGGAUCCUCAGGCUGCUCUUAAUUCAGCUGUUCAAAAUAAGGCAGUCGAUUUAUUUGAAAUGAUUGAAAAAAUGCAGAGAAGUCGUUUGGAUGAGCAAAGAUGUUCACUUCCAGCUACACUCAAGAGAGAAGAGGAGUAUAUCCCAUAUCCCAGCAUCCAUGAGGUGUUACGGAGAGGGUGGCCUUACCCCCUCAUUAUCUUACCCCAAUUUGGGGGCUACUGGAUUGAGGGGACCUCUCACAGCCUUCCUGUCUCCAGCUCAGAACCGUUCGAGCUGCCCUCUCCUUGCAGCGGUAAAGUGAAGCUGGAGUGUGACCCAACAGCCAGGCUAUACCGCAAACACUUCCUGGGAAAGGAGCAUCAGAAUUUUUAUGCCAGUGACACAACUUUGAGCUACUUGGUCCUUUCUGUGAAGUAUGAACAAGUUGAAGGGCAAGAUAACCUCCGUCUGUUGCUGAGGACUCGAACGGGUACGAAGCAUGACUUGAUCCCCAUUUCCUGCCUGAAUGAGUUUCCAAAUGCUGUCCAAAUGGCAAAGCUGCUCUGUGAGGAGGUGAAUGUUGACCGCUUCUUUCCUGUGCUGUAUCCCAAGGCUUCCCAACUCAUAGCUGCAUUUGAUGAACAUGUCAUCAGCAAUAACUUCAAAUUUGGAGUCAUCUACCAGAAAACUGGGCAGACCACAGAGGAAGAAGUCUUCAGUAACACUGAGGAGAGUUUGGGCUUCUUAGAGUUCUUGGAACUUCUUGGAGACAGGAUCCAACUGCAGGAUUUCCGUGGAUUCCGAGGUGGCUUGGAUGUUACAAGAGGUCAAACGGGAACCGAGUCUGUCUACACAAACUUCAGGGGCAAGGAGAUUAUGUUUCAUGUCUCUACAAUGUUGCCCUUCACAGAGGGAGAUGCCCAACAGCUUCAGCGGAAGCGCCACAUUGGAAAUGAUAUUGUGGCCAUUGUCUUCCAAGAUGAAAAUACUCCUUUUGUUCCUGACAUGAUUGCGUCCAACUUCCUACAUGCCUAUGUCGUAGUGCAGCUCCAUCAUGGCGCCCUCGGAGAGACUCUUUACAAGGUUUCUGUUACAGCCCGUGAUGAUGUGCCCUUCUUUGGCCCUCCUCUUCCAAAUCCAGCGGUAUUCAAAAAGGGCACAGAAUUCCGUGAAUUUCUCCUGGCAAAGCUUAUAAAUGCAGAGUACAGCUGCUACCAGGCAGAGAAAUUUGCUAAGCUGGAGGAGAGGACUCGCAGUGCCCUCUUGGAGAGCCUUUAUGAGGAACUGCAGAUUCGUAGCCGGAGCAUGAUGGGUUUGGCCUCUGGCGAUGAGGAUAAAAUAGAAAACGGGGGUGGUGGCUUCUUUGAGAAUUUCAAGCGGGUGAUCCGGGGCCGUAGCCAAAGCCUGGAUACCAUGGGGAUAGCCAUGAGGAAACAGCAGCAGCCACCGGUUCCACCCAACCGCCCAGCUACUGCUGGCCUUGCUCUCAACCAAAGUGUCGCCGAGUGCCCCAAGGCUAUUGCUGCGUCCUUUGCCUUGCCGGGGAGAAGCCCGUCACGCAACAGAGGCAGCCGCUUCAGUGGGCGACGUAGUAGUGCCAUUGGCAUUGAGAACAUCCAAGAGGAGAAGAGCAAAGACAUUGCUGAAAGGAUACCGAAGGUAUUGGAGAGUCCAGGGCCCUUCUUUGACCUCAAAUCGGAUGGUUCCUCCAGCCCCAGCUCCCCAGAAUUCCCCAACAGAAAGACAAAAGCCCUUUCCAGCCAGACAUCAGGUUACUGCGUGAUGCAACCUCUGUCUCGUUCUUCAUCCAAUGGGAGCAGCUGUUGUAGUGGAGUGAGAGAGAAUGAAACUUCCGAGGAGGAGGAAAAUGAGGCGGAGUUGAUGUGUUCCCUUGAAGGUCCCCAGAAGCAGGACUCUCUGGUUCAGAAUUCCUGGUUAGAUGAUAGUGUCUGUACACCCAGCAGUACCAGCUCACCAGUAACUCAGCUGCUCCCUUCGAGCAGUGCUUCAGGCUCCAUGGAGAAGGGGAAAGGCAGUAAAGUGGAUGCUCAGCGUUACAGCCCAGCCUCCAUUUUGUGCUGUGUGUGAUGUCAUCGCUGGAGGGGUGUCUCAGUGCAUGCUGGGUAAUUCACAGGAUUUGUUGCUGAAAUGAGAUCUCUCCGUUCACCCUGAGGUUUGGAGAUUAUGCUGGUUUCCCAGAGUCAUUUGAUCUGAUUUGGCUAUUCUGCUUCAUUCAAUGAUAGCUGCACCAAAGGCAGUAAGGAGGUCACCAACCACAACGUUCCGAUGUGGCAUUUGCUUAUCCAUGUGUGUCAUUACAGAUCAAUAACCUCAGAAGGGGAGAACCAAACUGUGUCUAAAAAGGAAGUCUCUCCCAUCUGCCAUAGUCCCUGAAGCAAACAAGAACAGAGUGCUUUUCUGUUUGUUCUUAUCACUGCUAAAAUGUAAGCAUUCAAGACCAAGCUUGGAAAAUUUUGGACAUCUCCUAGAGCCUUUUUGUCAAGGCUGUUUCUGCAUCCACUUUUUUGAGGGAAGACCUCAAAGUUGAAAAGCAGAUUGUGUCACUCUAGGGAUUACACCUGGUUUGUCCACCUCAAAAGGAAUGUUUCGUUAUGGUAAGGCACAUUUGCACCAAAGUACCCAGGUGUCUGAGAGCAGAAGGGGGUUGUGUUUAUUUCAUCACUCAUGGGACUCCCUAGGUCUUUGUUCAGUAGUGCACUGUACCACAUUCACCCUUCUUUCUCCAAAUCUCUGCGCCAUCAAGAACUUGUAAAUGUGAUUCUGUCGCCCCUUGUUACAUGCUUGUGUCUGUAGUGUCUUCAGCUUGCAAUAAAAGACUACUAAUGACCAAUA